AGGCUGACGUGACCGUCGAAACUGAAGCGUCUUCAAACACACAAAGUCAAAGUGGAAAUAGACAAGCUGUUAAUAUUUUGUCUAAACAAUCUUCAGAUGCUGGCUGUUCAUUUAAUGAUACGCUGGAAGUAGCUCAAUCUCUUUUAACCGAAAAGCAAGAACAACUCAUAACACAAGCGUCAAACACUAGAUAUGCUACUGUGCUGGCAGAUAUUCUUGGAGAACACUGUCCGACUGUUGUCAAUUCAAUUAAAAACCUUAUCUGUAGUGAUAAAAGGAAGUCUUGCGAGAAACUAUGUAGGCGUUCACAAGGAUCAGUUUUAUUUGGAAAAGAUUAUGAGAGCUUACAAGACUUCGACUUCAAGAAAAAUAUGCAACGAAUUUAA